AUUGUAGGGGAGCAGUUUCGAGAAGCCUGCGUCUAAAAUAGUUCUAGAAUCGACAAAAUAGUUCUAGAAUCGAGCUAGAAUAAGCAUGCAGGGUGGGGGGCAUAGUAUGGCAGCCCCUACUAUUCUAUGGCAUCGGAGGAAGAUAAAGGUAGGGCCCAGUUCUAUAGGUAGGGGCGACGGUACGUAAGUGGCUUAGCGCUACCGGUGAGUUUUUUUUCGGAUAAAAUUAGAUAAUGAGAUGCGAACGGUCGUUCGUAAUGGAUCAACUUGAAUGCUGCAAAAAAACGGCACGAAAGUUCCAUUCUAGGGAAGGACGGCGUACUACGAUACUUUCCGUUUCGCCGAGCCCUGCUUUGGUCUCCGGUUUGAUGGUUGUACGCGCCAAGAAUCCAGUACAUCCCGUUCCGUCCUCCAUCCCAGUGUUUCGCAACACCUCGGGUUCACCCAUUUUGUUAGGUCCUGACCUCCCCGCCAUGAUCUCCCCGGUGGUUCAUACAGGAGCUAUUGCCGUUUUAUCCUUACCCGUGGUCAUGAUGUUGAAUAUUCAAAUAGCGGAGAUUCACGAAAAGGUAUCGCGCUAUCCACCAGUGAGCGGUAUUAUUGGACUGAUCCCUUGGUGGGAAAUGUCCCUCAUCCCAGAUAAUGAUCACAUUCCAUUAUUACCAACGAGCAUAAGUACAAACUCUCUGAGAUAUACAGUUCAUGCUGGAGAAAUACAGGGUUGGACCAAUUCGGAAACAUCGGGCAAUUCACUUCAUACCUACUAUUCCGUUCGGUUCUUGGUUUCUAGUCUAAUUCUGUCAGUAGCCAUGAUUGGGGCUACAGUACUGACUAUGCAUAGGACUACUAGAGUUAAGAGACAGGACGUGUUCCGACAAAAUGCUAUUGAUUCCAAGAGGACUAUGAUGAGGAGGACGACACUAUGAUGAGGAGGACGACAGACCCACACCCACCCACCCCAGG